UUCUCAAACAUUAAUUAAUGUUUUGUUUUGAUAUAGCUUAGAAUUUUCCAAAAUUCUCAAUAAAAAUGGGAGAUAAAAAAGAAAUGUGCAGAUUAUGCCGUAAAUACGAUGCAAAUACUCUCUCCUUGCUGAAUGAAAAAGGAAAUAAUGGCAUAAAACUCUGUGAAAUGGUCAAAACAACUUGUGGCAUUCAGAUUUCUCCAAGGGAUGGUCUUCCAACCUCUGCGUGUCGCAUUUGUGUCUGGAGCCUCAAUUCGUCCUUCAGCUUUGUUUCUCAAUGCAAACGAUCUGAAAAUUGGUUCCGUAGCUCCUAUUCCGUAACCACUGGAAAAGCCAGGGAAGGGAAUAAUUUUUCAGGAGAAAUUAGGAAGGAUGUGAAGAGAGAAACGCAAACUCCACAGAGAGAUACUAGAGUAAACUAUUUGUUUAUCAAGAAGGUAGACGUCAAGAAAGUAGAACCCAAGAAAAAAGAAUCCCAGAUAAAAGAGGAAAAACCCUCUUCCCCUUGUGAAAAACCCGAGGAAGAACCUGUAGCUGAAACGGUAACACUCGUUGAAGAUGAAGACGAUAGAAAGGAGGAAAACAGAGAUGAUGAUGAUACUGACAAUGGGAUUAAUGAUGAUGGUGGUCAUAAAAGCGACUCUUCAUGGAAGUUUAGUGAUGAUGAAGGAGACAAAGAUUCAGAUUAUUCCCCUGCACCACCACCUGCACAAAAAGUUAAAGACAAAGGGAGUGAAGUUAAGAAGAAAGUUGUGCCCCAGGAAUUUGUCUGUGACACCUGUGGAGGAAAAUUCACAGAUAAAUUCUAUUUAACACAUCACAUUCACAAGGAAGUAAUAGAUGGAAAGACAAAAAUUGCCUACAAAUGCCCAUCCUGUCAAAGGAUUUAUUUAAGUAAGGAAAACUUUAAAGCCCACGUCAAUGCCCACGAAGGAAUAUACACCAAUAUUUGUGAAUUGUGCGGAAAGUCAUUUCUUUCGAAUGGCAGUCUCAAGGCUCACCUGAAGAUACAUAGAGGGGAGCUGCCCUUUGAAUGUGAAAUUUGUCACAAAAAAUUCAGGAGAAUGAUCAACGUGCAGCUGCAUCAAACCGUGCAUACGAGAGAAAGAAAAUACACCUGCGAUAUUUGUGGGAAACUCUUUGCGGGCAAAUCAGGCCUGAGAGCUCAUCUACUCAUUCAUGCUGGCGAUAAGAGAUACGAAUGCAGUGUGUGCAAUAAGAGAUUUACAGGGAGGCGAGAUAUGUUGGAUCAUGAGCGUACGCACACUGGGGAGAGACCCUUCAAGUGCCACUACUGCGACAGAUCAUUCUCCCAGCGGAACUGCCUGAGGGGACACAUGAAAACUCAUUCAGAGUGCAUAACUUAUGAUUGUGAAAUUUGCAGAAGAAAAUACCUGAAAUUAGUCUCGUUGAAGGCACACAUGGAGACUCAUAUGAAGAGUAAAGAUAGGAGAAAUUUGAAUAAAAUGCAAAAUAAAAGAGAAAUUUGUAGAUUGUGUCGAAAAUCUGAUGAUAAUACAGUUUCUCUGCUAGAUGGAAGAGGAAGUUCUGGAAUCUCAUAUAAGGAAAUGCUCAAAACAACCUGCCAAAUUGAGAUAUCACGCAAUGAUGAUUUUCCUAAGUCAGUGUGCCCACUGUGCAUCUGGAAUCUCAAUAUAUCCUUCAAUUUCCAAUUACUCUGCAAAAACUCCGAGAAAUGGUUUCAAAAAACUUGGGGUCCUGGAAGUUCUAACGUAGGGACCAUAAAACCGGUAAAACUCUCAGUAAAACCCAUUCGGAAUCUUCCAAGGAAAUCUGAAAGCAUCCAAAUAAAGAAUGAAAUCUCAUCAGAUACAGAGGAGAAUGUGGAGCCGUUCAACGAGCCAGACGAAGAACCUGAACCAGAACAAAAUCAUCCUGAAAAGGAAGAAGUUGAUUUUUGGGCAAAUGAUGCCGAUGAUGAUGAUAAAUACUCCCUUUCAUCCUUUGAUUCCUUUGACUGGAAUUAUGAAGCUAUAAUGCGAAAGCGACAAACAAUGGCUAGAAACGCAGAAGAAGACAAGAAAAAAUCUUCAAUGCAGGAAGAUGAUAAAAAAUCAGACAACGGAGAAGAAUCAAAUUCAGAAGAAAACAACAAAAAUUCAUCAACGAAGAAAAAAACAAAAAGGGAAGAAGGAUUAUUUUUGGAAAUGUGUGAAUUUUGCGGAAGAAAAUUCAUGUGGAAAGGUGAUCUAUCAACUCAUAUAGCACGUACUCACACGAAACCACCGGGAUCAGUAACAUUUGAGUGUGAAAUGUGCGGGAAGAAGUAUAGAAGCAAACUAACUCUCACGGCUCAUCUGCGGAAGCACAUUGGCAAAAGGGAUCAUAUUUGUGAAGUUUGCGGAAAGGACUUUGUCUCUGCUGGCAAUUUGUCGCAUCACAAAAAGAUCCACACGGGUGAGAAACCUUUCCAGUGCAACGUCUGUCAGCGUUCAUUCAACAGAGCAAGUAACCUGAAGCUUCACAUGCGGAGUCACACAGGGGAGCAGCCCUUUCAGUGUGAAUUCUGCAGCAAACCUUUCUCAUGGAAGAACAAUCUACUCAUCCAUCGGCGAAGUCAUUUGAACGAUCGGAGGUUCCAGUGUGACGUUUGCGACAGGAAGUUCCUCGAGAAGGCUGCUCUGAAUGAUCACAAGCGCAUCCACACGGGUGAGAGACCAUUCCAGUGCACCUUCUGCGACAGGACGUUCUCUCAGCGAAACGCCCUCAGGGGGCACAUGAAAACUCAUUCAGAAUGUCGCGUAUUUGAGUGUCAUCUUUGCAAGAGGAAGUACCUCAAAGAGAUCUCUCUGGAGCUGCAUUUGAGGACUCACGAUAGUGGCGACAUAAUUCAGAGGAUUCAAAAGACAAAAGACAAAAUUACAGAUCUGGAUAAAUCGAAAGAAAUGCUUAGUUCACUCAAAUAGAAACGAAUUAAAAUUGCAGUAAAUAAUUAAAAAUUUUAUUCCCAAAAAA